AUGCCACCGAAUUUCGGCGACAUUUCUGCGGAUGCUCGUCCUCCGGCCACUCCCCGCUCCUCCGCGGAGACUCCUCGCAUGCCUCAGAGCCAGGUUUCUGCUGCGGGAGAGAUCAACUGGCUGCUGUCCUCUUACUCCCUCAUCCCCAACACCAGAGCUGAGAUGAAGCUGAUCAGGAGGCUGCAGCUCCCAAAGGAACCGGUGCCCAUGGGGGUUUGUGGGGAGGCCGUGGCUGACAUCCCCCUCCCUCCAGUGCCCCUGCGCAGCAGCUCGGUGUCGAUGUUGAUCCGAGGCUUUGUGGCUGACGUGGGCUGCGAGCUGCUCUACAGGAACGAGGAACCGGGGCCCAUGGAGGCCGUGUUCAAGUUCCCCGUGGAUGCCGAGGCAGCUGUGUAUGCCUUCCAGGCCCGGCUGGGUGGGGCCUGCAUCCAGGCCCUGCUCCACAAGAAGAAACAGGCGCAGGAGGUGUACGAGGAAGCAGGCACAGGAGCUGUACGGGGACGCACUGGCCGGGGGGCAGAGCUCGUUCCUGCUGCAGCAGAAGGGGCCGGGGGUGACGUGUUCAGCUGCUCCCUGGGGAAUCUGCCCCCCGGGGAGGAGGCGGUGCUGACCCUGCGCUACGUCUGCGAGCUGCCGCUGGAGCCUGACGGGGCUGCCCGCUACGUGCUGCCGACCGUCCUGCGUCCCCGCUACACGCCCCAUGAGUGGGAUGGGGAGGAUGUCACCCAGGGGGUCCCGCGGGUCCCCCAGCGGGAGCUUCCCUACACUCUGAGCCUGAGCGCCACGCUGCAGUCGCCGCACGGCAUCAACCGCGUGCUCUCCAACUGCCCCCUCACUCCCCUGAGCUAUACAGCUGGGAAGAACCACUGCCCAGGCUCCCUGAUGGGCGACCCAGCCGUGACGGUGACUCUGCUCCCUAGCAUGCCCGAGGUGGUGCCAGCCCAGAGCCGGGCUGGGGAGUUCAUACUCCUGCUGGAUCGCUCCGGCGGUAUGGCAUGCCCCAUGGAUAGCAGAGACCUCUUCUGCCAGCGCAUCAACAGCACCAAGGAGACCCUGAUCCUGAUCUUGAAGAGUUUGCCCCUGGGCUGUUAUUUCAACAUCUAUGGCUUUGGGUCUGAGUUCGAGUUCUACCCGCAGAGCAUGGAAUAUACCCAGCAGACCAUGGCCGAGUCCCUGCGGUGCGUCCAGCUGCUCCAGGCUAACCUGAGGGGCACCAAAAUCUUGGACCCACUAUGAGCCAUUUACCGCAGCCCCUGCCGGGACGGGCACCCACGCCAGAUGUUCGUGUUUACGGAUGAGGAGGUAGAGAACACCCAGUAUGUCGUCACAGAGGUGUG